AUGAAUACCUGGCUGUUCCACACCAGUAACAGGCUGAAACAUCAAACAUCUGGGAAGCCUGCCAGUCUGUCCAGGCAGGAAGAAGAUACGAUGGAGAGCAGGACUGGCUUUGAGCAGGACAGAGACUGUGUCACUUCAGGGUAUGGCCAGGGGCUGAAAUUGGAACCCUGUUUCCAGACUGACUCUCUCUUGCCUUCCCCCGAUGCAUCUCUGAUGCCACAGCUCCUCAGCCACACAAUGGCUGGCAAGAACCUGGAUCCCACCAUCCUUUUCCCUUCCUCUCAGGCAGUGGUCCUGCCUCAUGAGUACAAAUGUGGUGCAUGUCCUGGAGAAGAAGCACAAGCCCUGGCUUUCCCCAGGACCCGUGCCCGGGCUCCCGUGCCCUGUGCUGGUGACCAGCUCUCCAACCAGCAGCCACGGGAGCAGCUCUGUGACCAGCACUUACGAGCCAAACGGGCCAGGGUGGAGAGCAUCAUCCAGGGCAUGAACCUCCCACCAACCCCUCAGGCAUUUGACACGAGCCCAGAAGCAGCUUUUAGGCAUGAGAGGGAAAGGGGUGGUGAGAUGCCCCAGGAGAGCAAGAGAAAGCCAAGGGUGCCCCAGCAGGGUGUGGGGGCAGCUGGACAAGUGGCUCCCACAGGGGGAAGUUCCCAUGCCAAGGGCUGCCGGCAGUUGAAGGAACAGCUCUGCUUUUUAGAGCAGCAGUUGAGGUGGCUUCAGGAGAAGUUCUACCAAGUCUGUGACUCUGAGGAUGCUCCCCAAAUCCAGGAAGAGUCUGAGAAAGUACAGCCACUGCCUGGAAAGCCAGAAGACAGACUGAACAAGGACAGUGCUACUGCCACCAGCAACCCACACAAAGCGCCUCUCAGGAGGCAUGUCCUGAAUGGGCUGGAGGAGGCUGACGACAGAGGUGACACAGGUGGCCUGCCCUCAGUGGUGAGGGUACUCUCACAGGCACUGAAGCACGAGCUGGCUGUGGUGACAUCCCAGGUAGUGGACUCGGUCCUGAAGGCUGUCUGGCCGAAGGCAGACAGACACAUCCAGAAGCAGCACCACAGCCUUCCGAUGCUGGGGCCAGAUGCCAGGAGAGAGUAUUCUGCUGGUGGGAAAUGCAGAAAGCCACUUGCUAAGCCGUCUCCCAUGAAUGCACCAGGCUCCCUGGGCUCACUCCAGGCUGAGGUCCUGCCAGGAGCUUUGGGGAAGAGCCCAGGCUCUUAUGCUAGCUCCUUCAGUUCAAAGGGGGUCAAAAAAUCCUCUCAGGUACCCAGCAUGGGUUAUUCACUGGGCUCGGCCACCCCUGCCCAGCACAGCCAGCUGCUGAGCCAGCUGUUGGGCUACAGCCAGCACAACCCCUGGGGCAGUGACUCCCAUGAGAGCCCAUCUGCUCUGGAGAGGGAUUGUCCAGAGCCCCUCAACUUGCACUGGGGAACCAUUAAACUGAGGUCAUCACCUGUGAGACAGCAGCAGCACCAUCCCCUGCCCCUGAGCCCUGCCAACAUGGAGAGUCUGGCACUACUCCCGGCUGGCAGGGAUGGCCACAGUGAGCUGCCAGCUACAAAUGAUGGAGCACCCUUUGCCUCGACCCAUAUAUCCUUUGGGGGCAGCUACAGGCAGAUGCAGGAGGCGCUGACCCCAGGGCACCUGAAGAAAGCCAAGCUGAUGUUUUUCUUCACCCGCUACCCCAGCUCCACUCUGCUGAAGACCUACUUCCUUGAUGUGCAGUUCAGCCGCUGCAUCACCUCCCAGCUCAUCAAGUGGUUCAGCAACUUCCGUGAGUUUUACUACAUCCAGGUAGAGAAGUUUGCCCGGCAGGCCCUGCUGGAGGGUGUUGUGGAUGCUUGCACUCUCCAGGUCUCCCGGGACUCAGAGCUCUUCCGUGCCCUCAACAUGCACUAUAACAAGGGGAAUGACUUCGAGGUGCCAGGGCGGUUCCUGGAGGUGGCCAGCCUGACACUGCAGGAGUUCUUCAGCGCCGUCAGGGCGGGCAAGGAUGCCGACCCCUCCUGGAAGAAACCCAUUUACAAAAUCAUUUCCAAACUGGACAGUGAUAUCCCAGAAGGGUUCAAAGCUGCUGGCUGCUCCCAGGAACUGCUCCACACCUGA